AUGAGCUUGGAAUUUCUGCCAGUUUUGUACAUUAAAGCCUCGAGCAAUUAUGACGUGGGGAACAUUAUUGGGCGCACAUUUAAAGGUUCCAUAAAGGAGUAUCUUAAUUUCUCGGAUGACGUGAAAAUGUACCGAAAGUUCUUCAAUGAUCAGAGAGGUAAGGCGAUCGUAGAACAAUAUUUGAAGACGUCCGAGAAAUAUCAGCCUGACAUCGUGUCGGAAAUACGUGGUAUCGCAGACGGGUCUGGGGAGAGCUUUAUGGACGUGUUCAUGCUGCAGAUAGCCUCGGAGAUACAGUUUUAUCACUACGAAGACUUGUUUCCAAACAAUGAUGCACCAAAGAACCAAGUGACGAAAGGAUGCACAGAUAUUCUCCUGAACACCGCGGCGGGCCGCGCUAUUGGUCACAAUGAUGACUGGUCAGAGGACGUCGCUGCACGUGUUGCUAUUGUGCACGUGACACUUACCAAAGACGGAUUUGAAAAGGAGAGCUUCCUGUCAUAUUUAUACCCUGGAUAUUUACCUGGAUUCUGUUUCGGCAUGAAUAAAAAUCUUGUUGUUACACUGAACAGUCUGAAACCAGCCCGUGCAAACCCAGGAGGCGUACCGUUGCUGUUGCGGACUCUGUUGGGCAAUAGCAGUAUUUCUGACUGCCGGGAGAGGAUGGCCAGCCUGCCGGUAGGAUGUGCAUUUGGAAUGAACGUCAACAUCGCAGAAAUCGGCACCGAUAAAAUGUGUUCUCUUGAAAUAUACACGCAUUUAAACCUGCUACAUGUCUACCGUGUAAACCCUCACCGGCACCAACCAUGUGUCUCGCUACCUUUUCUGAAUUGA